AUGCAGGCUAUCAAGUACGGCCUGAGGGAAUCCUCAGUCGACAGCGUCAACGAUGGCCGUAGCCGCUAUGUUCCCAGCUCGGUCUACAGUGGUGCAGGCCCCGUCGACGACUCGCCGGCACUUGCCCAGGGCCACAGUUUUAUGUCCGGAGCACUGCGAGGCCCGUUCGAGGAACAGGAGAAACCCCCAGCCCGUUUUACGCAGCCAUCCCAGAACGCCCCGCGAAACUCAACACUUCUGAACAUUAAUGACCCCGUGGCGAUGCAUCUGUUGACCGAGACGGCGAUCAGCGACAGCAGAGAAUUCGAGGUGCUGUCAUUUGAGGAGGUGGAGCAGCUGAAGAAAGAGAGGAGCUUCCUCAGAGGGAAAAUUGAAACGACGAGGCGGAAGCUGGCGCUGGAGAGCAAACUGCGAGAUGCUGCUCAGUCCCUGAAUCGUCUAUACUCAACCCGCGAAUCCCCAGACGCGGCAUCCUCACCAAAGAAAUCGCGGCGCAGUUUACUGGGGAGUAGACAUGGUGGUGGUAACGAGGUCGUGCAUCGGGCAGACGACGAAUACGCUGCAAGUAUGAAAAAGGUGGAGGAAUUCUCGCGCGAGCUGUUCCACCUGGAGAAAAGGCUUCAAGACAUAGAUCGCCGCAUUCUGCAGCACACGGCCGGUAUUCUGCAAAUGACACACAGAGGCCUGAAGAAGAAUAUCCGCAGGAAUGAACUGCCUCGCAGCCCAGAAAGCAUGUCCAGUCAGCUUAACGGGCGAGGUUCUGCAUUGGACGCCAGAGACGAUUUUGAUGAGCGCAGUCUCUACCAGGUCCCGGACUAUGUCACCGACUUUGGACAGAUUCCCCACGGCAUAAACAAGGGCAAAGCUGGAUCCCGACCUGUCGACGGUUUUGCGACCCGCCUGCAUGAAUUGAACCAACGUCUACAUCUGAUGAUCACCCAAGCAAGUCUGCAAGAACAUUUUGACCCACCACCCCAGCCUUCUGACGAGCACAUGGCUGGAGGUGUUGAUGCACAAAUCCAAGCAUACCUUGGCUACAUGUCACAAGGAUUGGACGCAAUGGAAGCUGCGCAAGCUCGAUCCAACGAAGCUGUUCAGCAAUCGAUCUUUGACACCGAAGAACAGCUUGAAGAUGUCAACCUUCGACUACAUGAUAUGUUGGCAAGAACAAACUCUGUCGGGCAUAGCCCCGUGUUACCUCAAGAUGAACCCCGUGGGAAGGAUCUGCAGUCACAAUUGGCCUUCUCUUCUUCUGUCAUUGAGCGAUUGAGCAAACGCGUUGAGACGCUCAUCGAACAGAAGGAUAUCCUGACCCGCCAAAUCCAACAGCAACGCGAACUCAACAGCAAGUCCGAUGCUCAGCGGGAUGCCAAGAUCCAUGAAUUGGUUGCCGAUUUAGAGGAGUCAAAGCGCUCUCAAACAGAAAGUGAGCAAGAAGCACAACAUUCCCGCGAUCAAAUCAAUUUGCUCAUGGAGGAACUGGAUCUCGCGAAGCAACAAAGUGUUCUAUUGGAACAUGAACGAGGCGCAGACGAGAGCAAAGCUCUCGAACUCGAACGAGCUGCCCGCAAAGAGGUGGAAGAAAAGUUUCUGGCCGAACUACAGGCCAAGCAAGAGGAGCAUAGCCGACUGCAGUCCGAAAUACAGCAGACUCGGAGGGACCUGGAAUCGAAGUCCGCGGAAGCAGCAAGCCUAGCGGCAAGUCAGGCUCAGGCUCAGGCGGCACAGGAGGAAGUGGUCAACGAUCUCCGCCAGCAGAUGGACGCGCUGGGUAGUGCGAAAGCCGAAGCAGAGUCGGCACUCUCGAAACUCCGUGCAGAGAUGCAAGAGCUCGAAUCUGAAGUGGUGCGAGCGCAGACCGAGUUGACCGUGGUCAAGGCUGAGUUAGAUGGUGCUUAUGGGACACGUGCUCAGCGAGCGGCCGAUGUGUCCAUGAAUCCUGCCAUUCAGAAGGAAAUUGACGAGUUGAACAUGCGGAACAAUGAGCUGGAAAGUCAUGUGAGUAACCUGAGAAGGGAACACGAGGCCAAAGACACGUCAAGCGUCGAACUGCAGAACAAGGUCGCCGCUCUGCAGAGGGAGUUGAAAGAGACCAUCGAAGAAUACGAAGUCAUGACGAGGCAGAGCAUUGAAGACGAAAAAGAGCGGGAGCGGCUUGAGGAGAAAGUCGACGCGUUGCAGCAGCAAUGCGAAGCCCUCGAGUCCCAGCUCAACGAAGAGAAGGUGAAGGGACUAGGGACGAAAGUUUCGUCGCCCACAGACACAACGUCCACAAUGGUCUUGAAGAAUGAAUUCAAGAAGAUGAUGCGCGAGACCCGGGCAGAGAAUCUCAAAGUCCUCAAGGCUGAGCAAGAAGAAAGACGCCGCUUAGAAGGCAUCAUCAAGAGCCUGAAGAAAGAUCUUCAACAACGGCACUCUCAGAAGGAACCUCCCUCAACACCGAUCGAAGCGGCGGACCCUCGCUAA